AGAGCUUUGUAUGUGAGACAAUUUUAACUCUUCAAAAUGGCCCCAUCACGGUCGCGGCCGACGAGCACGUCGAGCAGCCUCAUGCAGGAUGUUCCAGGCUCCUUUCCGGCAGCCAAGCUUUACGAAGCUGAGGCUCGUAUUCAGGAAGAUGCGGCAGAAGCACCCGUGGAGAGUACGUAUCAAAGCAUCUCAAGCGCAGUUUUUGCCCGAAAAUCGGAGUAUGUUCGGGAGAAGCACGUGCGCAUCAAAAUCGGCACCUGGAAUGUUGCUGGCUGCAAAGGGACCGAGAAGGACAUUGGAGGCUGGUUCGUGGGAGGCAAAGGCGUUUCGGAAAGACUUGCAGGCCUUGAAGUGGGCGACGUGAAUGAAGACCGCGAAUCAGUUGAAACCCAGGAGUCGCGAUAUCAGCGCAAACGUAGCACAAUUCCAGCCGGGGACCAUGCGACCUUACCUGGAGAUGAAGAUGUUGGUCUUUAUGUGUUGGCGUUGCAAGAAAUUGUCGAUCUAAGUUCUGCCAUGGAGGCAUUACGGCCAUACACCGACCCUUCCGUCAUCAAUAAAUGGAAAGACUCUAUGGCGGCAGCUUUGCCAGCCGGCUAUCAGCUUGUUUCCGAGCAGCAGCUGAUAGGACUAAUGCUACUCAUCUAUGCUGCUCCUGAUGUUGUUCCGGAGAUUUCGUCCGUCAGCACAACAAGCGUCGGGACGGGAUUGAUGAAUUUCAUGGGCAACAAAGGUGCCGUGACAGCACGAAUUGUCCUGGGAGAGACGACACGCCUGGUAUUUAUCAACUGCCAUCUGGCAGCCGGCGCUGACAAGGCUGCGUUGGAACGACGAAAUUGGGACGCUCAGCAGAUUGUUGCGCGAACACGUUUCGAGCCCAUACAAGAUGCUAUGGAUCUGUCGCAGACCACUGGAGAGCAGAUUGGUGACGAGGACUUUGCUUUUUGGUGUGGAGAUCUUAACUAUCGCUUGGAAGGAAUUCCUGGCGAUGACGUUCGGAGACUGCUGAUGUUGCAUACCCGCAACGAGUACGAUUUGAGUCAGCGAGCAGCGAAGAAAAUCGAAGAGGAGCUAUCAGAGGCUACAGAGUCUAUUCAUCAACGACUCCGUGCUUCAUCGACCUCCACGGCUGAAACAAGAUUAUCGACCUCAUCACAUCGAUCCAGCACGGAUGCAAGGUCUAGCUAUGAGAGCACACAGCCAUCCACAAUCCUUGACGAAGUCGCAGAGAGUGAUGAUCCGGCCUCUCUGCAAACAACGCUUGCUUGCCUUCUACCGCAUGACGAACUGCAGCAACAGAUCAAAGCCAAGAAGGCAUUUCAUGACGGCUGGCGAGAAGGCCCAAUCACCUUUCUUCCUACGUACAAAUAUGACCUUGGAAGCGUCGGUGUAUUUGAUACCAGUGAGAAGAGGCGUGCGCCAAGCUGGUGUGAUCGUAUCCUAUACCGCACGAGGCGAGAUAAACUGCGCUACGAGGCACAAGUUCGUGAUGAACAAGCAGCCCGGAAGAAAGAUGCCGAAAUGCAAGCCGAUGGCACUGCGGAUCUUGCCGCGCACGAUGAGUCAAUCCUCUACGACUAUGACCCAAAUACUGACGGCGAAAAUACCACUCCCGAAGGCUAUGAGUACUAUGAAUACGAUGAGUACGACGAAAAUGACGAAGACGACCAAGCCAAUCAGAACAGCAACAGUCAGAUUGUCACAACUCGGGAAGGCUUCCAAGAUGAAAUCACAUUGGAAUUUUAUACCGCCCAUCAACGCGUGCUUUCUAGCGACCACAAGCCUCUCGAUGCCGUGUUCUCGCUGAAGUACGAUGCAGUCGUUCCGGAACUCAAAGCGAAAACCCAUGCGGCGGUGGCAAGAGAAUUCGACAAGGCAGAGAAUGAAGGUCGACCCAACGUCACGGUCGUCGUCGACAACAAUCAUAAUGAUACCGGCGAAACUCUACCCGAAACGGACGAAUUUGAAGGUGUCUGGUUUGGUAAUGUCCGUUGGGGUCAGACCAAGACUCGCACUUUGACUAUUGCAAAUACCAGCCGUGUCGCUGCAGAUUUCUCCUUCAUUGAACGACCAGUUGGUCAAGAUCAAGAAGGACAGAAGACGCGCGAAAAGGGGAUCGCACCUUCGUGGUUGCAACUCAAGAUCAACGAUGUCCCUCAAACGAGCUCGAGCGAAUCGACGUCGCUUUUUCGUCUUGAGCCGGGUGAGACAUGUGUGGUUGAUCUCACGCUUACUGUCACUGCCUUGGAGUGCGUCGCAGCGUUCAAUCACGAACACAUGUCUACACUCGAGGAGGUCCUGGUAUUGCGUGUCGAAAGUGGCCGUGACCACUUCAUCCCUGUCAGGGCGCGAUGGUUGCAAAGCAGUCUCGGAAGGUCAAUUGAUCGCUUGAUCAGAAUUCCCGAAGGAGGGAUCAGAAAACUCCAAGGCCAAAAACCUGACGGAAGCAAGAAAGGAAGCAGGAGAUUAAGGAGAAAGAAGAGAUCCAAUGACCCGCAGCAGACAGAAUCGGACGAAGCGGUCGAGAACAGCGAUGGCGACGAAGACGACGAAGAAGACGACGAUCCCGUACGUUUUUCUGCACCCCGCGAGCUGUUCAGGCUAACGGAAGUGAUAGAAGAAUUAACCGCUCGUGUCAUUGCGGAAUGGGAGAUGACGAAUCCGGCGCCGAUAACUAUGGACAAAACUACAUCUGCAGGACGGGGCACAUCACUUGACACUUCCAACACGGGUCUAAUGGAUGUCACUUCAGCGCGACCUCCUUGGCACGACGUCCCCGCUUGGCCAUUCGAUGAGCAGAACUGGACAGAACGAAAGACAACGGACUGGCAAGAAGCGCUCAGCGCCGCAUGCGACGCCCUAGAUUCCGAUCAACCAUUAGAGGCAUCCCUGCCGCCUUCUAUGACAAGAUCACAGCGACUUUACAUCCUUGCCAAUCUGCUAAUGGUCUUCCUACAGGGCAUGCCCGAGGGCGUGGUGCCUGUAGAGAUCUGGAAUGAGAUUGAGAAGUAUCUUGCUACACGGGACAAGAGCCAGAAAGGCGGCUCAGCCGCAUCUCUGGACGAUCAACGGAUGGCGGUGCAAGAGAUCAUUUCUCAAAAGGGACCCAACAGCAUCACGUUCAUCUUGAUCACAUCUAUGCUGGAAAGAAUCAUCUCUGAAGUCCCACAUCGUGAAGCGGACGAGAUGGAGCAUGCUGCUCGAGCCGCCUCGCCGCUGAGUCCUACACAGAAACUCAAGCGAUUCACGCUUCUGGGCAGUGGUGGCAGCAGUAGCAGCAUUGCUGGUGUCAACAAUGCUAAAUCUGGCCCGCCAUCAUCUGCAGCGGAUAGGAAAAACGCUGCCAUAGCCGCUUUGGCGGAGAUGUUUGCAGAGGCAAUGAUCAAGUCGACACCUGUAACAGGUGGUGGUGGUGAGAAGGCCAAGUCUGCGCUGCAGAAACGUAAAAGGGAGUUGGUCGAGAUGUUUUUGAGGAGAGAUGAAUGAUUGACGAUAAAUUUGUGGAGGAUUGAAGCUCGUAUCGCGUUAGAGAUUUCAUUAUGAGUUCCUCACGUGAAAAUGGCACGAAAGAUGAUUUAGACACUUACUCGAGAGUUCUCAGAAGUCUCUAACUCGAAGAUUGACGGGCCUGUUUCAAUGUGUCUACUGCCUGGAUAGGGCGGGCAUGGG